AUGCGUGCACUCGAUCUGUCGCUGUCCACCAUCGCUCGUCGAAUUCCAGCAUCAGUGCAUUCAUCGAGCUUCACUUCGCAAGCGCCAGCUGAAUCGUACGAUGAAAUGUCGCAGCGACGUAGAAUGUCCGCUCGGAUUGGCCUGUUUAAGCGGUUGGUGCAGUUGUGA